AUGAUUAGAAGGAAAAGGGAACAGAAGAAUAGUACUAGUCGGGAUUCAUUUCGAGUGAAAAAAGUGGGAACCGCCGGAGAUCAAGGAGAUGUCGCCAGAGAUAGGUCCUCCGAGGAUGUUUCACCUGGGAAUUUCAGAAGAAAUGGAAAUACAGAGGAAUCGAAAUCUGAAGACAACCUCCCCGGUUUUGCUUGCUUUGCUUCCUUUCUUUUUAAUGAUAACGCUGACUCAGAAUUUGUGUGA